CGGACCGCGUAGACCUUAUCCGGCCGCGCGACCGUUUUCAUAUCUUCGUUCAAACCGUUCGCAAAGUUCGGCGACAAUAUCGUGGCAUCACUUUCAUUGCAUCCUUUCUCGGGGUGAAUACUCUCGCGACGGGAAUUAAGCAUCCCUUUGCGAGCAUCGAUUUUUCUAUAAAUCAAAUCGAGAGAUCGCCGUUCGGUUGAACAGUCAACGCUUUGCUGCGUCGAAAAGCAUCACCGUGGAAAAGUGUCGCAAAGCAGACGGAUUCAUGAAAAUUAAUCUCGUGACUGUAACAGUGUGUUGAAAGAAUACAGUAAAAGAUUAAUCAAGAAAUUAAUUAAUACGAGAACAUUCUUGUGAGUGGAUGAUCAAGGGUUGACUCAGUAAAAAGAAAGAAAAGUGUUGCUGGUUGAAAGGUGAAGGAGGUUUUUUCGAUCCCCGAGGAAUUCUUCUUUGUCACGUGAGGCAAAAUCUCGUCGUAGGUUUUUUGCUUAACGAUCCCCGAGAGAGCCUUUUGUGAGACAAGAGCCUGGAGUGAAAAAGAAAAAGAAUGUGGUAACAAAAUAAAAGAAAAGAGGACACGAAAAUAUAAACGAGAAAGUCUUCGGCGAGCUCGUUAGUCGUUAAUAAAAAUUGACCAACUUUCGGUCGGGGGUUGGUUUGGAUUUUGGGGAAGGUGAAAACGAGUACCGUCGAACGGAGGUUGUUCCCACCAGCCUCGCAACAAGACUGUAUAAACGUGGGGCCUCGGGUGAAAAGCCAAUUACGAUACCCACGUCGACCACUCUGUCAACGAUUAACAUCCUCCUGGAAUUUCAAGGACGAUCCCGCUUCGAGUCAUUGUCUCCCAUGUAAAGCCUCUGAUACACACAAUUUGCCCGUACAACCACCAAGUGCCGGAGAAGAGCAUUCAGCAAGAUCUCGACGUGUCCUAUCUCCUGAUCAAACGAUUCGAUACAACGAUAACCUUCCACACUGGAUUCAUUCAACAGACACCUUCAUUCAAGGACCCUCGAUGUCGAACAUCAUUUCCAAGCUGAUCUCGCCCGAUCAAGGUCAAAGAAAAGUCCAGAAAUAACCAUCAACGUCCUCCAUGCCGAACGACCUUGAAAUUUAAGUGAUCAAAAUUGAGGUCCAAUAAAAACGACAGUUCGAAUAAGGACUCGAUUGUCAUCAUUACUCAAAUUUUUGUCGUUGCUAAAAUCUAUGGUGAUAGAUAAUUGACCUUUAUGGAGGCAGAAUGAUCCCGAAAAAAGUCCAAUUAUUCACAAUCCAUCGGUUGAACGCUCGAAUGAAAUGUGUCAAAAAGUGUAACUUUAAUUGACAGUGGCUAAUGUAAGAAAGAAACGACGAGAUACAACGAUUCGAGGCUGCAUAAUCGAUUGAGCUAAUCACUUACGAACUUCAAAUAUCCUUCGACAUCACCUCCAAAUAUUUUUUCAAAGUCUCUUCAAAAUUCCAUCUCCGAAUUAUGCACUCGAUCAUAUGUACACGAAAAAAUGCAACGUUUAAAAACUCCCAGAGUGAAUAAUCAUUUCAAUCCUGACCAGUCGAAUUUUUCACAAUUAAAUAAUCUUCGUAGUAGUUACAAAUAAAAAAAGUCAACGAAGACAAUAAAUCGAAGCGUCGGAAAGUCAAACAAAAAAGGAAAAUUUAACGUGAGUGUCAGAAAUAAUAAAUCCUGAGGGUCGAAGAUAUUUGUAAUUGCUUCGGUGUUCCGUGCUCGUUUCGGGGAGAAAAUUGUGGUGAUUGAGAAUGAUGGCAUGAGGACAUUAUCGGUGAAAAUAAGCUGCGGGCCCAGCACGGAGGAGGAUGAGGAUGGUGAUGGGCGUGAUGGUGCUGGGUCAGCUACUGACGAGGAUACUACUGGCUGCACACGCGGGCGAUCGACUCGCCGCUGCACGCAGAAUACUUCGAGAUGUUCCACUGAUCGAUGGGCACAACGAUCUACCAUGGAACAUACGAAAGUUCCUGAAGAAUCAAUUGCGGGAGUUCAGGUUUGACGAUUUGCGAGAGACCCAUCCAUGGUCCCGAAGUGCCUGGAGCCAUACGGAUCUGAGGCGUUUGAAGGAGGGGAUGGUGGCAGCGCAGUUCUGGUCUGCUUACGUGCCUUGUUCGUCGCAACACCUGGACUCGGUUCAACUGGCCCUCGAGCAGAUCGACCUGAUAAGGCGUCUGGUGAACAAGCAUCCACAAAAUAUGGUCCUCGUAACGAGCGCCGAAGGUAUCGAGAGAGCGCACAAAGAGGGUAGAUUAGCCAGUCUGAUAGGCGUCGAGGGUGGUCACGCGGUCGGUGCUAGUCUACCCGUUCUGAGGAUGCUGUACGAGCUCGGGACGAGGUAUCUCACCCUCACUCACACGUGCAAUACCCCUUGGGCAGACUGCAGCACAGCGGACGAGCCUGGUCAAGUGCCUCACGUCGGUGGACUCUCGAAUUUCGGCAAGAGCAUCGUACUCGAGAUGAACAGACUGGGAAUGAUGGUCGAUCUUUCGCACGUCUCGGUACCUACGAUGCUCGACGCAAUGAGCGCCUCGAGAGCACCUGUCAUAUUUAGCCACAGCAGCGCACAUGCACUCUGCAACUCGUCCAGAAACGUGCCAGAUCACGCUCUCCGACUUCUCGCUCAAUCGGGUGGGAUUGUAAUGGUGUCUUUCUAUCCACACUUCAUAAGCUGCGGAGAAAAGUCAACCCUCGAAGACGUCGCCGAGCAUAUCAACCACGUGCGAAACGUCGCAGGUGUCGACCACGUUGGAAUAGGGGCUGGCUAUGAUGGGAUCAAUUUAACACCCGCCGGCCUCGAGGACGUCAGUAAAUAUCCCGCAUUGUUCGCCGAACUGUUGGCUAGGGGCUGGUCCGAAAGGGACAUCCAAAAACUCGCCGGGCUCAAUCUCAUACGAGUUUUUAAAACAGUCGAGCAGGUGAGAGAUCGAAUGGCAGCGGAGGGAAUGGAGCCAUUGGAGGAGGAAAUACCAACGGAGGAUAUAAUCGGACGAGACUACUGCCGUUACAAUAUGAAACGUUUCGUCACCCCCUAAAAAUGUUGUGAAAAAAGUAACAAAGCAAGCACCACCAACAACAGCGGAAACGGAAAAAACUUUUAUCCGCUAUUUUCCCUCCUCUCAGCUAGUGCAAUUUUUAUUCCUGCAUUUUUAUACGCGUCUAGAUAUAAUAUGCACCGGAAAAAACGACAAAAACGAAAUAGUGAAAAUUUAAAGGCAGUUCUGCGCCUCGUCAAACAAAAUGUCACGCGAAGGGCUGAAAGUGCGCCUCGAGCGGAGUUCGCCUCUUCAAAGAAUACGAACACUAAAAAAGUACGAAGAGGCAGAUAAAAAUUCGAAAACCAAUAAUAUAUUAUUGUACGCGACUAUUGUAAUAUUCGAUGACCAAAAAAAAUGAUAAAAUUUGUAUAAAAAAGAAGUGAAAACAAAACUGUUCCAUCGUGAUGAUCGACGUGGAAACAUUUGUCUGUUCCUCAUCUCGUUGAAUGAAAGAAAAAAAAGAAAAAUAAUACAAAAACGAUACAAAUUCAAAUUAUUGUACGUACAUGUGUGAUGUUUCGAGUGAGAGUGAGCAAUGAUUAAAUGAGGCAUGAACGCGGCGAAUAUCGAAAUGAUUUUUCAUUCUUCAGUGUUAAUUUCGGUACAAAAUACAAUUCGCAUUAAAAAUAAUCGCUUGAAGAAAUUUUCGAAAAAAUACGUCAGUGACGAAUACUUGUGAAAAAUUGUUUUUUCAUCGAAAAGUACGAGUGACCUGUUGAGCAAGAAAAAUUCAGUGAAAUUCCACGAUUUCGUCACAAUGUUGAAUGAUUGUUUCGAGUUCGUGUAAAAUCGUGUGUAAUUAUUGUCGCGAGUUUCCGAAUGAUCAUUUUUAUGGGAUUGAUCGCGUGCGCGCCCUUGUGAAUGAUGAUGAGAAAAUGUUGACGAAAUUCGCUCGAUUGAUAAUGAAUGAAAAAGCAAUACACAAACCUUUUUUUUGUACAUAAAAUUCUCUUUGGCGAAACGAGGAAACUUUCGAGAUAACUCGAAAACAGAUAUAUCGAAAGAAUAUCAUCCUUCGAAAACACUUUUUUAGCUUCGAGUGUUCGGAGCGGAAAUUUGAAAAAAAAAAAAAAGAAAAAAAAUCUACGCGAAUUUUCUGAUCAGACGUAAAAAACUUUCGUUGAGGACAAAGCGUUUUCUCGUGUCGCCAAGAAUCCUUCGUAUAUAUAUAUAUACAUAUGUACCUCAUAUAUACGAAAGCUUUGAAAAAGCUUGGCCAUAUAUCGACUCGUUUUCUCACUCAACUUCAUCGUCAUUAAAAGAAAAUAAAUGAAAAGUGUUUUAUUUUAUUUUUUUUUUAAUUUUAUUUUAUUUUAUUUUUUUUUUUCAUCGCGGAGUCUAAAUCCGAUCAACAGUUCGACCCUGAGGGUUGAACGAAGACGAGCCGGAAGGUGUGUGAUGUAUGAAAAAUAUAUAAAAAACAAAAAAAGUUUAAGACUUGUAAAAACAGG